UGAUAAACAGGUUUAACAGGUGGAGCGGUCGUCCAACCAGACGGCUUUAUGGUAAUGAGGACUAAGUAAAGGAGGAGCUCCCUGUGAAGUAAGAGCACCAGCACACUGCUGCAGUAUUCCACUGCUAGACGUUUGGAUCUGCAUUCAGGACCACUAUGUUCAGACAAAGCUGCAGUCACUGGAGGUCAACGCUCUCCCUCAGCUGUCUGCCCUGGAUCUCGGGCUUCUUGUUGUGCACUGCUACACUCUUGAGCACAGAAUUCAGAUAUACACAAGGGAUGCAGGUGACAUCCACGGGCCCGCGAACCAUCCAGAAGGCAGAGGGAGAGAGUGUGACUUUGGGCUGCAGCUACACAGCAAGCCCCCUUGACACUGGAGAACUCGACAUUGAAUGGUCUGUGAUCAGUCCAGACACCACACAGAAAGAUCAGAUGCUAAUGACCUAUACCAGUGGCACUAAAUACGUCUAUGGUAACCACCCUCUUGCAAAUGGGCUCAGGUUUGCUGCCCCUGACCCCUCAAAGGGUGACGCUUCCCUCUCAAUCGCUGUGCUGUCACGUGCUCAUAGUGCUACCUAUCAGUGUAAAGUGAAGAAAGCACCUGGAGUGGACAUGCACAAGGUGUCGCUGGUCGUAAUGGUGAAGCCGUCUGUGCCUAAGUGCUGGGUGGAGGGAGGGGAACUGGUUGGUGAGGCUGUGGCUCUGCACUGCCACUCUGCAAGGGGCUCCACUCCCUUAACAUACACGUGGAGGAGGGAAAGCGCAGGCUCCAUCCCUGCCAUAGCCACACAGGACAGCGUGACCGGGGAGCUGAAAAUUAGCAACCACUCGCAGAGCUACGCAGGAAUCUACCUUUGUGAGGUGAACAACGUUGUUGGAGCUGAACACUGCAGGAUCAACCUGAAAGCCAACAAACCUCCAAACAGAGCAGCGGUGAUAGUUGGCACCAUUGUGGGCUCUCUGCUCCUUAUCCUCAUCCUGCUGGUCCUCAUUGGGCUUCUUUACUGGAAGCUAAGCAACAGACAUCACUAUGAGAAGGAGUUCUCCAAUGAGAUCAGGUACUGCACAGCACCACAGCUCCAGCAGAGACAGCAGAGCAGAUUUAAAGGUGUUGGCAGCUUGAUGGUUAGAUAACUGAGCUGCUGAAAGGAAAGAACAAAUCCACACAUAUUGUCGGGCAAGUUUUUCCCUGUCCUCAUUUAUCACCAAAAAGCCCCUAUGAGUAAGAAACUCCUGCCUCUGUUCAUGUUCAGUAGUUUUGUCAGCUCACAUUAAAGGAUAUGAACAUUCAGAU